CCGGAAGGAAGAAGGGAAGAGAAAAAAAAAUCAAAAGCGGGCCCCAGACUCGGAGGCCACGUCAACUUUCCACCACCACCAACAUCACAACCACCUCCUCUUUCUAUUCAUCACUGCUAUCACACACCCCUUUUCCUUCCUUUCCUCCCCAGAAAAAAAAAGCCUCUCUCCCUAUAAUGCGCCAUGUCGCGCUAUACGCACCCUCUCCCUCACUAAACCCCUCUUCUCCCUCCCCUCCCCCCUCCGCCGCGGCCGCCAAUCAAAACGGCGGGAUGCUUCUCUCCGUAUUCCUCGCCCUGUUCCUCCCCUGCGCCGGGAUGAGCGCUCUGUUCGUCGUCUACAUUUGCCUCCUCUGGUUCGCCUCCAAUCCACCCAUCAAUCCCCCGCCGGCCAACGACGAUUUGAAGCCCCCUGCCAAAAAAGGCCUCUCCGCCGACGAGCUCGAAAACCUCCCCAAGGUCACCGGGAAGGAGCUCACGAUGGGGGACGAAUGCGCCGUCUGCCUCGACGAGAUCGAGCCGGAGCAAAUCGCGCGGCGGAUUCCGGUCUGCAAUCACGGAUUCCACAUCGAUUGCGCCGACAAGUGGCUCUCGAAGCACCCGUUCUGCCCCGUCUGCCGCGGCAAAAUCGACCGCCAACGCCUGAUCGGCGGAGAAGGGGAAGUAGAAGGCGAUAAUGACAGUCCUGUUUGAAUUUUGAAAUUAGUAUCGGGGAGAUCGUGGGAGUAGUUUUAAUUCUGUAGGGUUUUUCUUUUUCUCUCUUCUUUUGUUGUACAAAUUCAUAUGAUAGAUUUUCCGAUUCCAUUCUCUUCUUUCUUCUCCUCUUUUAUUUUUAUUUUUUAUUUUACUUCUUUCUUAGUGUUAAAUGAAAAUUAAUUUAUUUGUAGUUACUAGUUAGUAGAAUUUCUAGAUUGUGUGUGUUUUUUUUAAAUUGAAUGAUUUAGUUUCUGCAAUGAAAAAAAGGAGAGCUAGCUAGGCAGAGUAGUUGCGGGAGCGAAUUUGGUGAUCAGGUGAAUCCUCUGCUUAGCAGCUGAGAGAGAGUAGCAGGUCUUGUUUUCCUUGGGGCCCAUUUGUAGCCUGGUUGUGACGGCUUUUGCGCAAUGAUUGUGAAAUCGUACCAAAGCUACACCGAAAAAAUUAGUGAUAGAAUAAUUUGUAAUUUAGGGUAUUGGAAUGGAACCGAAGCAAGCAAUAAUUCGAAAGGAAGCGUGGGGUAAUUGUUACAAGAAACCAAUAAGGAGUGCGGUUUGCCGGUUUUCUGCUGGAGUUUGGUUGCUUCCCCACCACCCUUCCAUAACUUUCUCCAUUGUUUUCUAGGAUUUGUCGCGGCCGAAGAGAACUAGAGAGGUUGCUGAUGCUUUGAAUCAAGUGUUUAGUUCCCCUUUUGCUUUCGACUUCGUGCAUAAUGGAGCACUACAUAUGGAUGAGUACACUUUUGAGUUCAAACCUUUCAUAUACAACGCAUAAAAGAAGCUAGCUUGUUCUUAACUUCAAACACUUGUAUUGAGAAAAAUACUUAAAAAGCGAAAGCUACAUGCAUUGAAUUAAGAAAUCAAUCAUGAAACUGAAAGAAAGUCAACAUUUUUUAAGCAACAAGCAACGCUUUUCAUUAUACAUAUGUCAGUGAAUGGUAUAUGAUCUACGAUUGAACCUCUCUCAACAACUCGAGUUAUUGGGAUCAAUUGGUUCUUGACAACAUCAAGCUGCUUGAUCAAAGUAUAAUUAACGUCAGGAAUCGAUACAUCUCAUAAUCAGUUUUGAGAUUAUGACUUUUUUUUGUUACGAUUUCAUUAGAAACUCUACGAACCGACGACAAAAACCAAAAAAACGUGGACGGAACAGAUCAAAUCACGCUCUACAUUUCGGCCGAAACCCAUUACCAGUUAGGUCUGGCCGAUCGAGUCCGGUCAUUAUCAAUAUACAUUUGCAAUUAAUGAUGGUCAGUAGUACUUAGUAGUACUACAAAGCUAGACGUGUAGAUGCUCUUGGAAACAAGUGUUGUGGAAGAAAGGGAAGAUUGAUGCGCGCAACGAAAUCAAUACAGGAGGAGGCCAUAACUGAGGGAGGGAAGAUUUAAUUAAGAUUUCCCAUUCCAUGUAGCUAUUAAUGGCAAAUUUUAAAAAAAAUGUAUUUAUGGGAGUGUUGUCGAGAAGAAUAUAUAUGUCAAGAACCAGUUGAUCUCAAUAACUCGAGUUGUUAGAAGAGGUUCAAUCGUGAAUCAUAUACCGCAACACUAACAAUAUAUACCGGGGGAGGUAGCAGUACCAAAUUAAUAAAAGCAGAGGAAAAUAUAUAUCUACGGUUAAAAAUAAAAAGCAUUGGAUGCACAGGAAACGAACGAACAGUGUUAGUAGAGGUUGGUGGUGGUAAUAAUGUGGAAAGCGUGCAUGCAUUUGCAUGGAUGGAAAGGCAGGGUGUUUGGGCGGUGCACAGAUCAUCAAAUCCCUUUUCGGAUUCGAUUAGCGGUGAAUAUACAACUACAACAGCACAGUCAACUCAGAAGAAGAAGAAGAAAAACCAGCUGCUCACCGCUGCAUGCGUUGGCAAUUGUAGUUGACUUUUAAUUUCAGGUGCGCCAUUUGGUUGGUCCACAGGCCUCCAUGCACGCUGCAAUAUCAUUGCAUUUAUAUUAUAUUUUUUCCAUUGUGAUAUUGUACCGUAAAGAGAUCUAAUGAAUUUAUAAGAUCAAU